AGAAGAAUCCUUCAUGGAACGAAUCAGCGAUUGGAGACUAACAACAAAAGCCCCUUGAGUAGAGAUCAAUUCCUCUCAUGGAAACGUCAGAAGGAUGCUGAUGCCUCUUCCAGACAAGCAGAGGCUGCAAGGAAGCGAACAGAGGAUAUAGCUGCAGGGGUAGUGCAGAUGAAUGGUCGAGAGCUUUUCUUGCAUGAGCCUUGGGUGUUCGACAAUUCCCAGUAUUGAGGUUCUUUUAUAUGUAUUUCCAUUGAUUUAAUUUGCAUUUGAAUGUUUAAUGAUGUUUCUGAUAUUGUGUAAUUAGUUGUCAAACAAAUCAGAACUCCUUAUUUAUUAUGUUUUUCAGUACUUUUCACUA